AUGCCAGGAUUAGAAUCACUGAGGCACAUCGGACUGAGUGGAUUUUAUGAUGAGUACAGCUUGAACGCUAUAGUGAGAACAUCAAUCACUCUUCGCAUGAGACUCCAAUUUUCAGAAAUGGAAGAGGUGAAUAAAGGUAUUUACUUUAGCUACCCAUGUCGACGUCACAGCUGUGCUGUAGUAAACAUCCCAGCACCAUGUGUCAACAAAAUGAUUUCACACAUCCAAGAUGUGGAGUCCAAAAUACAGGAGCAUUUGAAAAGGUUUGAAACUUCUUUUGAAGAAUGGAGCAGAACUUCUUCCAUGAAAGAUCUGAAAGAAGACUGGAGUAUUACUACACCAGUGGAAGAGGUCAAACCAAAAGAAGGGAGAGAUAAAACGUGUCCAGAAUUAAAGCAGGAAAUGGAAACAUUACUAUCAGAGGCCAUCCAUCUCAUUAAAAGUCUAGAAACUGACCGGGCAGAAGCUGAAGAAGCUUUAAAAAAACAAAGAUCAAGAAAGACAGUGCUUAACACAAAAAUUGACGCUUGGUCAAUCUGGAAACUUGAAGAACUCCCGUUAGCUGUGCAGAAAGAACACGAAGCUUAUUUAAGAGAUUUUAUGGAAUUACGAUGGCAUCUUGAAGAUAAAGUUAAUAAACGAAAACAUUUUGAGGAACAAAAGACACAGUUAGAAGAAGCGAAUGCAAAGAUUCAAGCAGACAUAGACUUCAUGUCUGAACGUGGCCCUCUGCUGAAGUCAAAGCAGAACCAAGAACUUGAAGCUCUGAAAGAAAUUUACAUGAAAAAAAGAGAGGUAACGGAAAUAUUUGAUCAAGUGCAUGAUGAACUUGAAGCAGCUGAAGAAGACUGCAAAAAUGCCAAAUUGAGGGCUGAACAAAAUAAAGAAGAAAUGGAUAAAGAUAUUCAAAAUGAUGAAAUAAACUUAGAGGUCUACAAGUAAGAAUUUUUCACAAUUAGCAAUCUAUAUAGUCACUACUCUUCAUCAAUACACAAUGUUAAUAUUGACGUUGAGGAGAAGGAAGACGUGGUGACUGAAGUAAUAAGAGAAACAAAGUCAUCAAAGAAUGAAUUAGCUGCUCUAUCAAAAACACUAGAUGAUUUGAGAAAAACUUAUGAUCAACUAACCUGGAAAAAGAAAAAUUUUGAAAAGCAAUAUAUGGAAGCACUUAAUAAUUUUUAUGCUGCAAAAAAAUCAUGGGAUAUUGAGCUUUCUAAUGUCACAAAAGAUUAUGAAGUUAUUUCAAUAGCACAUACUCAACUGACAGAAGAAAAUAAAAAACUUUUGAUGGAUCUUGACUCUGUAACAAUUCAAAUCAGUGACAGUAUUGAAAAGAAAACAGAGUUUGAGGCUGAAAUCAGAUCUUUGAUAAAAAGGAAGGCAGUGAAUGAUGGUAUUCUCAAACAACUCUACAAGGAGGCUUAUCACGUUGGUGCUAUUUUCCACUUAACUGAACAUAAAACAGAUGAAUUGGAAACUAAAAUAGCAGAAGUGAGAAGAAAAUUCAAGGGUAGAGAAGAAUUCUUGAAAAAACUCACUCAAGGUGAAGUGGCUACUGGAAUAAUGAUUCAGAAAAAACUAUAUUCCAUUCAUGAAGCGCAGCUACUGGAGAGGCAGGAACUUAUGAAACAGAAAGCCAUAUAUGCCCUGGCACUGGCAGAAUUAGAGGCACCUCUGCUUCAACUAGAAGAAGAGGCUGCAAGAAUCAGAAAUAUCCACCAAGAACAGUCUGACGCGCUUAAUACAAUAAUUGAGAAGAAAAGUUAUGUUAAAAGACAGGUGGAAAAAACAAAGAAAAAAUUGCAAAAAAAGGAGAAGAAAACCCGUCACGCACUAACAAAAACUGAGGAUGAACGCUCAGUGAUUUUUCAUGAAUUAGAAACAACAAAAAGUAAAACAGUUACUUGCCAUGCAAAAAUAGAUGAAUUGGAUGAGGAAUUAAGAGCAAAAGAAGAGAGAAAAAGAAGUUUUGAUCAGACACUUGAAAUUCUAAAGAACCAAUUUAUAUCUAUGAGGUUUAAAAAGGAACACGCACAAGCUGUGUUCGAUCAUUUCACGGAAGAGAAAAGAAACUGUGAAGAGAGAAUGUUAGAGGACGCUCAGAGAUUUAGAACACUUCUUGCUAUGAGGCAAAAAACUCUGGAUGAAAUAAAAAAAAUAGAAGAAGAUUUACUGGAAGAAAAUCUACGUUUAGCUCAAGAGUAUCAAAAGAUACAGGCUACUUGCUUAACAGAAAAGGACAAUUAUUUGAAUGUAUAUGAUAGACAGCUAUCACUUGAUGCUUCAGUUAGAGAUAAGAAACAGGUUGCAGGUUUCUCACCUAUGAAACUCCCAAACUUCCCAGUGAUCAUAUUAAAUGAACUUUCAAAUUUUCAGCUCUGUGAGCUGCAGAGAAGGAUGCACGGGCUGUGGCAGGAGUACUUCAAACUGGUGGUCCUCUUCAACCAGAUGAGGCUGGCCAACUUCCAGACAGACUCUCAGGAGAGUAUUCAGAAAAUAUUAGCUGUGCAGGAGGAAUCUUCAAAUUUAAUGGAACACAUCUUAGAUUUCUUCCAGACUUUGACAGAUGGCUCAUGCAAAAACGAUGGUUAGGCAAACAACCAAUGUAUCUUGGAUGCUGAAAUAAAAGACAAGAAAAGUCACACAGUUCAGAUAACAGUGUAAUUGGACAUUCACCUGUUUGCCAUUUCACACUUCCAUGGACGAAAAACUCACUCACCUCCCAGCAUGCUUUGCCACUCUUUUACUUACAGCAAAUCCAUAACAAUGAAACAGGUGACUUUCAUGCUGCUGUCAGGAACGAUCUAAUUUCAGCUCUGGGUGACUGAUUGCAAUUGGCUUUGCCUCAUCUGAUAAUUAAUCUAUGUCACCAUUAAUUGGAAGAGAGAAUAAUUACUGGCGGUGUUGACAGUGACUGUUCGCUUCCCCAGAUUUCCCCAUCGUGUUGGCCCAAAUAAAGGCUUUGCCAUUCAGUACUUAAAGUUUGUGUAAACUGUAACAAUAUCUAUGCCCAUGUGACACUUUCAGACACUGCAUCUAAUGUACUUUUGUUUUUGUGUUUACCAAUCUCUUUUAGCUCACUGAGAGCUGUCUCUCUCAAUCACUCCUCAAUGUUCUAUCUUAAUUUUGUGGAAGUUUAAAGUUUUCAAUGAGCUGGAGAUGAAUGAUUAAUGAAUAAAUUUAAAUGCUU